GGCUUUAAAAGACUGGCCCUGUCACUGGUGUCGGCUUCAGACUUUGGCAUUACUAGCAGCGGACACUUUCGACACCAUGGAUCUGAAGGAUUCUGCGGUUCAGGGAGGUGUGUUUAUCACCCACCAGAUCCAUGAAGGAAAACACGAGUAUGAAGUGAAAAAUGUGGUGAAGUACAAAAACGCAACUGGAGGAAAAAUGUUUAUCAGGAGAGGAGACAAGCUAAUGCAGAUAAAUGGCAUGGACCUGCAGGAGCUCACACCCGAGGAGCUGGCACAAACGUUAGCUGAAGGAAGUCCAAUGCUGAAGGUGCACAAGGCAGCCAAGAUAAAGGAGCACAAUAAGCUGCCCUCCAGGGAUGAGGAAAUUUUUCAGCCGUUCUCCAAGGAAUCAGCAAUGCUCAGUUUUGAUAUGGAGAUGGUGAGGGAGAAGGAGGAGGAUGAAGUGGGAGAAAGAGCAGGAGGGGAGGAUGGAGGUGUAGAGGAGGAUGUUUGUCAAACUGAGAAUGAGGAGACAGGGGAGAAUGGGGAUCUGCUCAUCAUCACCAUGAAUAAAACCAGCAUCUCUGUGGUGAGAGGGAGGGGCUGCGACACCGAAAGUCCUUGUCAGGGAUGUCAUGGGAUGGGAUGUAACUUCAAUGACGUUGUCAUGGUGGCAGAAUCCAGCACGGUGACGCUUGUUCCUAGAGGAAGCAGUUUCAAACAGGAUAAGAUUGAACUGUUAAGUGUUGGAGUCGAACAUGUGGCCACUCACCAAUACCUCAGAAGUCUCUGUUCACAGAAAACAAUCUAUGCUUCACCAAAUCCAGAUAAGAUGACCAUCUACUACUACAAGUCAAACAUUAUGGACAGGCCUUUCAGAGGAAUACCAGUGGUCCUAAACUUUAGCGACUCCAACUGCUUCCUCAGGUGCUGCAAGGAAGGAGAGAGGGUGUUCCUGCAAGUGGAGACAUGCGAAAAGCAAAAGUUGAAGCAGAUCUCCAAGGCUGAUGAGAGCACCCUCGCCUUCGUCUUCUACAUGAAGUCUGACCGGUCAAAACAGAUGAGGUUUGAGUCAGUGCUGCACCGCGGAUGGUUCAUCCAAAUUCUCAACACAGACUCAGCAGUGAGGAUGGAAACCCUGGAUGGAGGAAAGGAAGAACAUUCAUUCCUCUUUAUCAUUCAGAAGUGAUGGAGAGUUAUUUUCUUCAGGAUUUAUUUACAGUUCUUAGUCAAGUCAGUUUAACAUUCAAAAUUCUCUUGUGAAUUUUUUUUUUGGGACUUGAUGUUGUGUUGGUGAUGUUAAACUAAAGGAAAAUAUGUAAGGAGCUCUUUUGUUUGAGCCUCCUGGUCUAGUAACAGAAACAAAUGUUGCUGUGUCAAAUUCUGCUAUUGCAGAAGUGCGUAGAUAUGUAUCAUACAACUAAGUCGAAUUCACAACAUUUGUGUGUGUGGUCCAGACUUAGAUAUGUGACAUCAUUUUUAGUAAUCAGUUGUGUUGUUUGAACCUUUUGUUAUAAGUAUGAAUAUUUUAUUAUUUCAUUAAAAAUGUUUUCAAAAUAAAUAUAAAAAAGGUGAUGUGAUGGUAAUUUUAUUUAUUUAACACCAUCUAAUAUAGAUUAUUAUGAGAUGUCAUAUGUCAUAGAUGUCAAAGAUGGCAUAUGAUACUAUAUAAACUAUAUACACAAAUCCAGUGUAUUAACACAAACACAAACAUCAACUGAAUUCUGAAUGACUGUUUAUAUUAUGUACUGUAUACAUGUAUACUGUACACAGAUGAUAUUUGGAAAAUGCUUUUGAUAACACAGCCCAAACGUACUGGAUAUUAAGUCUUUAAGCCUUUGAUCAUAUAAUUUUAACACAUACAGAUGUGUUACUGAUGCAUUACCACCCAAAAUGUACAGCAACAUUUAAUUUGAUGUUUCAAAAGAAGUAAAAGUAUUAAAUAGUUUUACAAAAAUGGCUGACAUCAAAGUCUUUUACAGAAUGUUAAAUAUUAAAAAGUAAUAAUGGAAAAACUCUGCUCUUCUUGUUCUUUUGCUCAACUGCCAUUAAUUUGAGUUGCACAACAAUAAAUCUCUGAAUAUCCACAUCACUGUAGCAAGAAAUAAGGCAAGAUAUUUUAAUUAUAUAAAUGUAAUGUUUUACAAAUCACAAAACACCAACAUUAGAAAAACACUGCACUGUCUG